GCCUGGAUCAAGCCUCAACUGUAAAUGUCAAUUUGGCAAUUUUCGAAUACACCCGCCAGGUUUGACGUCGUCACAUGAAUUCUUCGAAGGAACAACAUAUCACGAUGGACGAGAUCGAAUCUGCCCCUGCUACUCCCAACCCUCGCAAGCGUGCCGCCGAUGGAGAACUUUCACCUGAUCGAAAACCGCUGAACCUGAAGGGCACACAAUUCAUGAUGCCGACGCCGCCGGUAUCUGAUGGCUCAAGUAAUGCCAGUGCAGGAUCGAGCGCCGCUCACGAUGAUCCCACACGUGCGGCUUCGCCAGCGCCGAGUUGUUCGACACUCACGAGCAUGGAUGGUCUCUCAUCAACUCACGCUCCAGAAGAAACUGCGACCGGAGCAACGGCUACCACCACGACACGCGCUACAAGUUCGGGCGCGCCGCCUGCGAAACGUCGUAAGCUCACACCUUCGGAAAAGCUUGAGAAGCAGAGGUUGAAAGAUCUCAAAGACAAGGAGAGGGCUGAAGAAAAGGCCAAGAAGGAGGAAGAGCGGGCUCGCAAAGAUGAAGAGCGAGUGAGGAAAGACGAGGAGAAGCGCAUGAAAGACUUGGAGAAGCAAAAGAAAGCCGAGGAGCGGGAAGCAAAAAAGCGCGAAAAGGACCUUGAGGAGGAACGACGAGCACAGGAGAAGCUUAAGAAGGAGCGUUCUCAGAUGAGAUUGGGAGCAUUCUUCCAGUCCAAACCCGCUGCAUCCAAUUCUACCACAGACAACAACGAUGCUCCGACAAUAUCUGCUAGGCGCAAAUCUCUGUCUCUGGAGCCGUUUGAUGCUAUGGCAGACAAGAUCCGACAAUCGGUCUCACCAGCGAAGAGCACACCUUUCAGGGCGCGGCCAGUAGCAGACGCGAAAUCACCCAUGAUCAAAUCGACAACCACAAUUUCUGACUACAGCAAGACUUUUCUCCCUUUCGUCUUACCAUCAUACAGUACACUAGCCAUCACACAUAAACAGCCCCUAGGAGAAGAUUCUGCAGAGGUGAAAGAUUUCGAUCGCGAUGUUGUCUACUUCUCGAAAUCGGCUGCUGGUCAAGAAACGAGUUUGAGACGACAUUUCCACGACGAAGCUCGGAGUCAACGUGGACUGCGUUUACCCAGUGUCAGAGCAUUGGCCGAAAUGAUCGAUCGGGACUCGUCACAAGUCGUUGAUUUGACAAAGGACGCAGCCACAGUCAAUCCGUAUCACCUGUUACAAACCGUACCGAUCAAACACAUUCACUUUUGCGAGGAUGUGCGACCUGCAUAUUGUGGGACAUAUACCAAAAUUGAGAGCUCAAAGGUGUCGAGAGCGCCAUUCAGUCGCGUUCGUCCAGAUACUGAUUACGACUACGAUUCGGAAUGCGAAUGGGAAGAACCAGAGGAAGGAGAUGAUAUUGUUUCGGAAGAUGAAGACGACGCAGAUAGCGACUGCGAUGGUGACGAAAUCGACGGCUUCUUAGACGACAGUGAGGAUGCAUUGAAGAACAAAUCACGGAUGAUCACCGGAGAUCUCGUGCCCGAUAACACAGGACUAUGUUGGCAGAAUCCCAAGGGGCGGUUUGAUGAUCGAGAGCAAGAGAGCAAAAUGCGUGGCAUGAGGUUGGAGAAUUUGUUGCCGGUCUUGUCAGGGAAACCCAUAGAUCCAUUUUCGACCCAGUACUGGGAAGUUGAAGUUGCUGUGCCUUCGGUGGAGACACCAGCCAUCACAGCUGGGCAGGCGACUCUCACUGGGGGUAUGCUUGCUCCUCCUCGACCACCGCUACAACCUCGCGCCAGCGGAAACGCCGGCCUGGAUCGUCCGCUUGUCGGAGCGGCGCAAGGAGAGAAAGGACCCAUCACAAGUCUCGACUCCGGAGCGAAUGCGAAACGUUCACGGAAGCCACAGCCGAAAACACUGAGCAAGGAGGAUCUGGAGGAGUUCAAAGAUGCUGUCGUGGGGAGCACACUGGGCAAGCUGGACUUGCUCAAAGGGUUGAAAACCAGAUUUCCCAAGAUGACUCACGAUGUGAUCAAAGAAACCCUCGGACACUGCUUCGCACAAGUUGGCACGUCCAAGGCCGAUAAGCGUUGGCUCUAUGUUCCUACGCAGUGAGCGGACGAAUUGAGCUUCCAACGAUCGACUCCGACCCAACAACGGAAUUCUCCUGUUGGGUGAUAUUCUGCGCCCUCGAGCGCGAAACAUGAAUUAUGACAUAUUUGACAACAUCAUAUCUUUUUGAUGAAUCAUGCUAGCUUUUUUCCCGGCGGCUCCACAUUCUUCUAUCAUCACCAUACCAUCAGAUGCCAAUUCAAUAAUGACAUAAUCUCCUCUACCUUUACAAUUUAUGACACAAUAAGAAAAAACGGACUCGAAAUGCGUACUUCAUCUGUAUACAAGACCUGCGACCAAUGCCGAAAAAUCCUCAAAAUUCCCUCCCCCUAUCUCUCAUCAUACAAACGACAAGCACAUGUUUCCCACAAAAGAAAUUCAUCGCCCAAUCAGCUCCCUCCAUCCUAACAAAUCCGCUGUCCCCUGAUAACCAAAGCGGAGCGAAAAAGUCCG